AUUGUUUAUCGUAUACGCACCUUGGAACUCAAAGCGUAAUCCUCAACGCAAAUCCGCCAAUUCAAUCAUGCUCAUUCAAUUCAGAAAUACAUCACAUGGUAAUAUCAUUGACACUAUAACUUGUAAUCCUUGGUGGAAUGUCACGACACCGAUUUAUCCUAGACCAGGUUUGCCGGUCAAAUCUCCGAUUUCUCGGUUGCUUCCUCAACCACAAAGUCGACCAAAAUUGCCGCUCUGGCGACAGGCGAAUGCCGAGAGGGCAACGGAUGUACGUAUUAGGGAGGUGCUGAGAUCAAUGGGGAGGAGAUUGCCGAAUGAUGGUUGA